AGUCGAACUGACGUACAUCCAAAAACUGAUCGUGAAUGUGAAAUCUUAAGUUAAAAUUUUUAACUGACGGCAACCCACGUAUUUUUCCGGGCGCACCGUAAUCCGCUGGCUUCAGUUCGUUUCCAUUAUUGGCCGAAUAUGAGUUCGAUGAUUCCACGUUCAGGUCAUAGGCUUCCGAUUUUAUCAUCCAACGACUUGGAAAGCAUUUUAGAACAAUGGCAAGACAGUGAGGAUGGCUUAGAUUUCUCAAACGACGAUGAUGUAGCAGAUCCAUCGUACGUAUUGGAGGCGAAUGAACAUAAUUUACGUCAAGCCUCAGAUGAGGAGCCCGAUGUUCCCUACCCAAAAGAUCAGGACGACAACAUCUUAAUAAUGAACUCUGAGACUAAUACCAGCGCUUCAGCUCAACCAUGUGAGACACCGGCUGCCGUUCUACUACCCAGUACCAGCUCCGAAAUAGGAACCACGCCAAGAAGCACACGUGUUUCCUAAAACAAGUAUCAUAUGGAAAAUUAAAAACUUAGAGCUGAAUGAAGACCAGAUGAGGUUUCGGGGAUCUUCCAAGUUACCAAAUGAAACCCUAGAAUUGAAGACGCCUUAUCGGGUAUUUUCUUAUUUAUUUACUGACGACAUUGUGAAUCUGAUUAGAGACGAAACUAACCUGUACAGCGUGCAAAAAGAUGCCAGUAAACCUAUAAACGUCACAAGCCAGGAAAUAAGGCAGUUUGUUGGAAUUACAUACUUCAUGUCCAUAGUUCAUCUACCUAAUGUGCGAAUGUAUUGGUCAGAGAAAUAUGGCUAUGCCCACAUACGUGAGACGAUGCCGCUUAAACGGUUCGAGUUUAUGAGGCAAGUACUGCACUUCAAUGAUAAUUCUAAAAUGCUACCAUAUGGUCAGCCAAACUCUGAUAGACUAUAUAAAAUCAGACCCAUAAUAGAAAAACUGAACCGUAACUUUGGAAAAGUGCCACUAGAACAACAUUUGUCUGUUGAUGAACAAAUGUGUUCAACCAAAGCACGGAGUGCUCUAAAGCAAUAUUUGCCAGACAAACCCCACAAAUGGGGCUUCAAACUGUUCGUUAUUUGUGGUGUAAGUGGAUACGGCUACAAGUUUGAAGUUUACAUCGGCCAGGAGAAUAUAUGCGCAGAUGGUGAGCCUCAAUUAGGUGCCGCAUCCAAUGUAGUGGUCCGGCUUGCCAGAGAGAUUCCUGUCAACCAAAACUAUAGACUGUUUUUUGACAACUACUAUACAUCCCUACCUUUGAUAGAGUUCUUAUCACACCGUGGUAUAUUAGCUUUGGGCACCGUUAGGAGAAACCGCAUCCCUAACUGUAAACUCCCAGAUGAAAAACAGCUGAAAAAAGACCGAGAGGCACGUCAGUCGAACAGGUUGCAAGCUAUAACGGUAUCGACAUAUCAGUGGUGGCCUGGAGAGAUAAUAAAAUUGUGAACCUAGCAUCCAACUUUGCUGGCAAAAAUUCCACAUCUGUCGUAAGUAGAUUCGACAAGUCGCAAAAGAUACACAUCAAUGUGGAACGGCCUUUUAUUGUGGCGGAGUAUAAUCGUCAUAUGGGAGGUGUAGACCUUAUGGACUGUGUAAUGGGUCACUAUAAAAUAAAACUUCGUAGCAAACGUUGGUUUAUAAGACUCUUUUACCAUUUUCUGGACAUGACUAUGACUAAUUCUUGGUUAUUAUAUAGAAGGAUUCAUGCUGACACUGAAAAUACUGAGAAGCUGCUAAGUUCUGCAGAUUUUCGACUUAAAAUUGCUGGAACAUUAGGAAAAUAUAAAAAGACAAACCGCCUGAAGCGCACCAGUGACGUGGAAGCACUCAUCCAAGACAAAAAGAAAAAAGGGCCUUGUCAGCAUAUCCCACCGAAAGACGUUCGGCUAGACCAGUCAGGGCAUUGGCCAGUUUGGACGGAAAAAAUGCUUCGGUGCAAAUUUCCAGGCUGUACUGGAACAGCCCAAACCGAAUGUGAAAAGUGCGGCGUAGCCUUAUGUUUCAACAGAAAUAACAACUGUUUCCGUUCCUUUCACAAUUUGUAAGUUGUGAAAGGACGACACCCGUUCACAACUAACGUUUUCAUCUGUUUUCACACCAUAAUGCACAUCUGCAUCACGUUAUUUUUUCCAAAAAUAAAUACUUGUUUUACAUAU